GGAUGGGGGCCGGACGGGCCUCCCGGGAGCGCGGCAGCUCCGGUUCCACCCGGCGGGCUCGGCGCCCCCAAACGGGGCUUUGCUGGAAGGGUCACCUCGCCACCGCCGCCGCCGCCGCCUGGCUCGGGCGCUGCCUUGGCCGGGCAGGCCUGGAUUUCCUUCCUGGAGCAGCGCUGGUGGAAUGCUGGCUGGGCGCCCCGACGGGGCUGGGAAGGAGGCGGAGGCUGUUGCUGCUUCAGGGCGACGGCGGGGCGGGAGGCGGACGCGAGGCCCGCUCGGAGGGCUGCCUGGCUGGCUGGGGCGGAGAAGCGCGAGCGUCCCGGGGUGGCAGAGCGCAGCGGCAGCCGCCGAGGGGAAGCGGGAAGAGGCGGCGGCGGCAGGGGCUCCGGGAGGCCGGCCAUGCUCGCCGCGGGCCGCUGCUAGGCGAGGAGGCGAAGGGGCGGCCCGGCCGGAGCGGCCAUGCCAUGCCCGCGCUGAAGCGAUGCCUCCUGGGCGCUGCCUCCGGCCACGGAGAGCGGGGAGCCGCCGCUGGGGCAGCCUCGACGCCGCCGCCGCCGCCGCCCCCGGCUGGCCGGGCUGGUGCCUCUUCUGCUGCCUGCUGGGCGGCGGGCUGGCGCCGGCCACCGCCCGCAGCUGCCAGCCCUGCGGCCCCGAAUGCACUUGCCGGAGCCUCGCCGCCGCCCCUUGCGCCGUGGACUGCGCCGCCCGGGGACUGCAGCGCCUGCCCGGCCCGGCCUUCCCGGCCGCCACCGUCGCGCUGAAUCUUUCCAGUAACAGGAUCAGUGUUUUAAAUGCUGAGGCGUUUGCACAUCUGACUUCCCUGACAAAAUUAGAUUUAAGCAACAACAGGAUUUCUGCGUUACAAGAUGGAAUGUUUGAUAAUUUAUUUAAUUUAAGUGAAAUAAACUUAAGUCUGAACCCGUUCCUUUGCGACUGCAAUCUCGCCUGGCUCCCCCGCUGGGUGGAAGAGAGAAGAGUGAAAAUUGUGCAUCCGUUGGAAACGAAAUGUGCUCAGCCUCCUGAGGUGGCAAACCUCCCUCUUUUCAAUGUGUCGUUCAGCGAUGUGACUUGUGGAGCUGACUACAUUGCGUGCCUGACAGACAACAAUACGGGAGCGGCAGACUCCAUCGUCCGAUUCACGUCCCGCCUCCCUCAGAACCUGACGGAAGACACAUGCCGAGCUCUUUGCUAUGCUGAAGGGCAGGACUACGGGGGCUUCAGCAAUGAGGCGCACUGCUUGUGCGGCAUUGCUCUCGAACCAAACUCUUCUUCUGACUGCUUGCCGUUUUGCACCCUGCCUCCUGUUGGACCUCUGUGUGGUGGCCCGUCCCUCGUUUCCAGCGUCUUCCCAGCACAGUUGCCCAUUUCCUUGGUGGGGCCCAACACUCCUUUCAGCCUUUACCAAGAGGUGGCUUUCAACGUCCAGGUUCCAAUCGCCAUAGACACCUUUCAGUGGGACUUUGGGGACCAGACAGGCUGUUUAAAUACCACCAAGACAACCGCCCUUCACAGGUACACUUCUCCUGGACGCUAUAGCGUCACAGCCACCAUCUUUGUCAGCGGUCAGUUGACUUCUGCACAGACUGAUGUCGAGGUGGUGGCACCCCCACAGGAGAUAGAGCUUCACUGUCCUCUUUUGGUGAAGACGAAUGAAAGUUUGAGGUUGCAGAUAAGGAACCGAGGAGGAACCAGCUUGUCGACUGCAUAUAGCAUUACAGCACAGGAGAAAGAAUCAGGAAGAACGGUUCACCCGGCGUGCCCCUUGGACAGCAUAGCCUUCGCUGGCAACAACCACUGCUAUUGGCUGGUGGCGGAGAAAGCUGAAUGGCUGGAGGCCCAGCAGCGUUGUCAGGAAGAGGGCAACGGGACUCUGGCCUUUGUCAGCAGCCCCCAAAUCCAGAGCUUCUUGGUGUCCCACGUCACCAGGAGCUUGGAUGUCUGGAUCGGGUUCAAUGAUGUUGCAAGCCCCAGCCCGCUGCAGCGAGAGGAAGGCUUUAAUCUGCAGAGCUGCCAGAACUGGCUUCCUGGAGAGCCUCACCCGUCCAACGCUGACCAUUGUGUCCGAAUGGGUCCUGCUGGCCAGUGCAACACGGAUCUCUGCACAGCCAAGCACAGCUACGUGUGCGAACACAAGCCGCAAGAGAUCCUCCUAAAUGCUGAGCACUUUUCCCUGGGCACUCCUGCCUUCGAUACCUCUGUGGCCAUGGGCAACGUUACGGAAACUGAAGAGCCGUCGGCUGCGUCAGGAACGGUGGAGACGGUGGUGUUUCCCAGCUUGGAGUUUCAAUGGGAGGGCUAUUUGGUAGCCUUGGAAGUUGCGACGCAGGAACUGCAGAGGGCUGUCCACAUCCGGUUUCGAGUGCACCGUCCGGCACUCGUGGAAGGUUGCAAGGAGGUCCUGAACAUCACAGACCCACUGCCUGCUUCUCAAGAGAAUGGGACUUGGACAGAAGUGGAGUGUCCGCGUGGCCUGCAGUGGUGUGCUUGGACCAAUGCAUGCCUGCCCCUGCAAAGCUGCUGCGAGUUGGGGGCGUGUGCCAACCGCUCUGUCACUAGCUCCUCUAGCCCCUUUCCUCACCCUUGUGGAAACCAGUCCAGGGGCAAUGAACUCAAAGAGUCAUUUUUCAUUUUGCCACCAGGCCCACCCAUGCAGUACCUUUUACUCUUCAGAAGCAAGGACACCUUUGUCAGGCCGAAUGAUACCGUGAGCAUCCAACACGAUGCGGGUCCCAGGGCCUUCAUUCUUUGCCACCCAGGCCACACGCCACCUUACCAAAUGAGCCACUUCACCCUGAACUCAUCCGACUGGGAGCCAGGCUUGCCUGUCUUCUCUGCUGCUGGAAGCUGGCAAAACGACUCCACCUGCUACUUUAGGGUUCUCUCUGUUGCCGAAGAGACGGUCCCCAUUAUCCGGGAAGAGAACUUGGGUGUGGAUCGCUCUGGCCUUUAUACCGUAAGAGCGACUGUAGAUAACGGAGUCUUCAGUACCAUUUUGUCCUGUGAUUUCCAGGCCGUUUCUCCUGUUUCAGGCCUCCACAUCAUUUACCCUCCGGAGCAAGGCGGCAAAAUCUACGUGGAAACCAACCGCACUUGGCUGGUGGUGAAAAUCUUUUCCGGUGCGAACGCAACAUCUGGCUGCUUUGAGGGGAGCCAGAGGUUCUCCUUUGGAAGGAGCUGCCCGCCUGCAGUUGCCCCGCUGGUGGCCGAGUGUGCCAGGGAGACCAAUGACACAUGGUUCUCUGUCAUCGUGCUGGAGGGCAUUGGGGAGAACGUGAGCACCAGGGUGCUGUGGGCAGAGAACGCCGUCAGCUUCCAGAACAUCACCGUUGUGGUGAAGGCAGAGGAAGCCAUCAGAGGCCUCCGCGCCACACCAGACCCAGAGACCAGAGUCUUGUUGAAUAAUCGGGUGAGCUACGUCCCCAUGAUGGAUGCCGGAUCAGAUGUUACCUUUCGGUGGACAGUGGAUGAUAAGCGCUCUUUUACUUUCUACAAUGACGUCUUCCAUGUUAUUUACCAGACUCCGGCUCUGUACAAGCUGUCGCUCACUGCCUCCAACCACGUCAGCAACGUCACUGUGGACUACAACAUCACCGUGGAGAAGAUGAACAGGAUGAAGGACCUGGUGGUCUCUGAGAUCCCACCGCUCGUCCCCCAGAACAGCACCAUGGAGCUGGCAGCCACGGUCACGGUGGACUCGGCUGUGGAUGCCACGUUCUUGUGGGACUUUGGAGAUGGUGCACAUGUUGCUUACCCGUUUAGGCCUCCCUACAACGAGUCCUUCCUGAUGCCAGACCCAAAUGUCCAUCAGGUGGUAAUUGGGAAUAAUGUAUCACAUGCCUAUGAAGAACCAGGUGAAUAUACCCUAAAUAUUUUAGUAUCCAAUGAAUUUGAGAACCUGACCUACUCGAUUCCUGUGCACAUCUACACUUACCUGAUGGACAUUACCAUGAAAGUAGAUACCGAUGUCUUGGUUGCGGGUCAGCCUGUCACCUUUGAAGCUCACCCUUUGCCAUCUAGUUAUGGGGUCUCUUACACCUGGGAUUUUGGGGAUGGUUCUGUGGAAUUUGUGGAAAGCCUGUCGACCAUAGUUCAUACCUAUAGCAGCAAGGGGAUGUACAACGUUAGCCUGAGAGCCAACAACACCAUUAGUGCCGUGGAGACAUUCCAGUGUUACCGUGUCUUCGAAAAGAUUAGUGGGUUGCGGGUGGCUUUGGAAGAAGCGAUGGAACUCCUCACGCCAGUAGAGGUCAACGCUUCUGUGGAAACAGGGGAUGAUAUAACUUGGAUGUUCGAUAUGGGUGAUGGGACCGUGGUGAACAGUUCUGUGCCAUAUGUGGUGCACAUCUAUUUGAAGGAGAUGAACUGCACAGUAAAUGUGACAGCGACAAAUCCAGUCAACUCCGUUUCCCAAACUGUUCCUGUCCGGAUAUUUGUCCUGAUGGUCCUCAAGAUAGAGCCUUCCUCUUGUAUCCCAGAGCACCCCGAAGUGCAGCUCACUGCUUACGUUUCUGGUAAUCCCGAGGACUACUUUUUCGACUGGACAUUUGGGGACGGCUCAUCCAACGUCACUGUGUACGGGAACUCGACUGUGAGGCACAACUUCACUCGCAGUGGCAUCUUCUCCCUUUCUUUGGCCCUCUCAAGCAAGGUCAACAAAGCACAAUAUUACACUGAGGUCUGUGUGGAGCCAGAGGUCACCAAUGUCUCGCUGUCUGUAAGGCCGCCGUUCGUGAGAUUGGGCAAUGAGAGCAAGUUCCAGGUCACUGCCUUACCACCUUACCCCUACCGUUACCUUUGGGACUUUGGGACGAAUGACUCCACCAGGUUUGGCGGGACGGAAGUUAGUUACACCUACAGAGCCCCAGGGGUCUACUUGGUCACGGUGACGGUCUGCAACAACGUGUCGUUCAAUAAUGACUCUGUGUUCGUGGAAGUCCAAGAGCCAGUUGGGGUAGUUAAGAUUGAGUCCAAUGGCUCAAAGGUUUUGGAACUCAACCAAAUCUAUCUGUUCUCUGCCAAUGUUAGCGGGACCAACGUUAGCUAUCUGUGGGAUUUUGGGGAUGGCACCAGCCAGCUGGGGAAAUUCAUCACCCAUUCCUACAACAGAAGUGGCACCUAUGCCAUCAGCCUGACAGGCUGGAACAAUGUGAGCUUCCGCGAAGCGAGGCUUAACGUGACGGUGAAGAGGCGCCUCCAGGGCCUGACCAUCAAUGCCAGCAGGACCGUGGUGCCUUUGAAUGGUUCAGUGAGCUUCACGGCUACCCUCCUCGCUGGCACUGCCACCCGGUACUCUUGGAUUUUGUGCGACAGAUGCACCCCCAUCCCAGGCUAUUCCACCAUCUCCUACACUUUCCGCUCUAUUGGGACGUUCAAUGUGAUCGUGACUGCAGAGAAUGAGAUCGGAUGUCUCCAAGACAGCAUCUUCAUCUAUGUCUUGGAGCAGAUCGAAGGGCUUCAGAUCGCCGGCGGCGACCUCAUGGAUGAUGCCUACUUUCCCACCAACAAGACCCUCCAGCUGCAAGCGGCAGUGAGGGAUGGGACCAACAUUUCCUACAGCUGGGCAGUCCUGGAGGAAAGCUUCCCCGUGCAGACUUCUACGGGGAAAACCUUCUCCCUGGUCAUCUUGGAAGCGGGGAUCUAUGUUAUCCACCUGAAAGCCACAAAUAUGCUGGGAAGCUUGACUGUCAACAAGACAGUGGAGUUCAUUGAGGAGGUUGGCGUCUUAAAGCCUGUCGCUUCCCCAAACCCUGCUGCGGUCAACGUUUCUGUCAACAUAAGUACCAGCGUCACGGCUGGGACUGGACUGACGUAUGCGUGGUACCUGGAAAACGAUCUUCCCCUCCUCGCUGCCGCUUCUGCCAUCGCACAUUCCUUCCAAAGCCCCGGUGCCAAAGCAGUAACUGUUGUGGCAGAAAACAAAUUUGGCUCUGCCAAUGCGACCCUUGUGGUGCACAUCCAGGAGCCCAUAGCGGGCGUGAGGAUCAGGACCGUAAGGCUGAACUAUACUGGUUACGUCGAGUCAGGCUCAGAAGUGAACUUCUCUGGGGAGCUGGAAAGGGGGUCCAAUGUUGCCUGGACAUGGACGCUGCUGAACAAGACCAUAUGUGGGCAGAGAGUGGCCAUGCAGUUCCCCGCAGCUGGGUUCUUCUCUGUCUGUUUGAACGCUUCCAAUGAUGUCAGCUGGGUAGUGGCCUGCCACAAUGUGACUGUGCAAGAUGCGAUCCAGGGUCUGAAACUCAGCGUGAGCAAGGAGGUCUUGGAGCCUAGAGAAGAGGCCUCCUUUGUCAUUGGGAUGUCCUCCGGUUCCUCCGUGAGCUACAAGGUGAGCAUCGGCGGGAGUCACUCUGUGGCACGCAACGCUUCCAGCUUCACCCACUCAUUCGCCCGGGUUGGAGAUUACUUGGUAAGGGUAACUGCGGAGAACCACGUCAGUGUGGAUUAUGUCGAGGUCCUCAUCGUGGUGCUGGAGGCCAUCCGUGGUUUGCGGGUCGUGGACUGCUGCGAGCGAGGCAUGCCCACCAGGGUGGAAAGGUGUUUCACAGCUGAAAUUGAGAGUGGCUCACAGGUGACCUAUUUGUGGCAGCUCUCCUUAGAGGGAGAUACUGGGCGUUCCCAGGUUCGAGUGGAAGGCAAAAGCGUCUCUUAUACCCCAGAGGCUGUGGGGCAGCUAGACAUCCAUCUGAGUGCUUCCAACCGCCUGGGCAACCAGAGCAUAACCAUCAUGAUUCAAGUCCAAGACCUCAUCACGCAGCUUUCCCUCAUGCCGGUUGACUCCUUUGCCAACCGGACGACAACCUUCGAAGUGUCUGUGCUGCCCAGCGCAAGGCAAGUUGUGUUUCGGUGGGACUUUGGAGACGGCUCUCCAGCUCAGAGGACAAAUGUGCCAUCCGUCAGCCACACCUAUCUGAGGCCCGGGGAUUACUCAGUGGAGGUGAAUGCCACCAAUCUCAUCAGCUUCUCCAUCGCCCAGCGCACAGUCACAGUCCGGGUGCUGGAGUGCGAGGAGCCGGAAGCCGAGCUGGCCUUACCUGCUCAGGUGGUCAUGAAGAGGUCGCAAAAGAAUUACUUGGAGGCACAGAUUGACUUGAGGGGCUGCACCAGGUACCAGACUGAGUACGUGUGGGAGAUUUACAAAGCCCCGAGCUGCCUUCAACUGGAUGCUUCUGAGAAAGUCCACCUGCUCAACGUGGACGUGAGCCGGCCACAGCUGGUUGUCCCCAAACUGGCCCUUGUCCUUGGCACCUACUGCUUCAAAUUCCUGGUCUCCUUUGGAGACACACCGCUCUCUAAGAGCAUCCUUGCAAACGUGACUGUCACGCCUAACAAACUGGUGCCCAUCAUUGAUGGGGGGUCGUACCGGGUGUGGUCCAGCACCAGGGACUUGAUCUUGGAUGGGGAGAAAUCCUACGACCCUAACCUGGAAGAUGGGGAACAGACGCCGUUGCAUUAUCACUGGUCUUGUGUGUCUUCCUCCAAGAGCUCGUCGUCAGGGUGUGCUCUGAACUUCAGUGCCGCGGGGGGAGUCGUUACCGUUUCCCAAGCCGUAUUGGAAGCAGAUGUGGAGUACACAUUCGACCUCACAGUCCGGAAGGCGGGGAUGAGUCCCGAAGCUACUAACCAAACGGUGCUACUGAAGAAGGGAACAGUGCCCAUCGUCUCUCUGGAGUGUGUCUCUUGCAAGGCCCAGUCUGUCUACGAAGUGAGCCGGAGUUCUUAUGUGUACCUGGAGGGGACGUGCCUGAACUGCCAGAACAAUUCUAAACUGGGGAAAUGGUCAGCUCACAGCUUCAAAAACAAGCCUCUUGCCUUGGAUAAAACAACCACCUCCACUGGCAACACGGGGAUGAACCUGGUCUUGAGGCCAGGGGCGCUGAAGGACGGGGAGGGCUAUACCUUCACUCUGCACAUCACUGAUCUAGCCACAGGGGAGGAAGGAUUUGCCUCCAUCGACUUGUUUCCAAACCAGCCGCCUUUCGGGGGAUCCUGCUGGUUGUCUCCUAUGGGGCCUGUUCAAGCGUUGACUACCAAGAUUCAUUUUGAGUGCACAGGCUGGAGAGACACGGAGGACGAAGAGACCCCCUUGGUGUACACCCUCCUGGCUGCCCGCUGCCGGGCCGGCCACUACGAGGAAUUCUGGGUGUACAAAGGAAGCCAUUCUGAGCAUGCCGCCUUCCUGCCCCCUGGAUUCCAAGAGGCCGGCUCCCUGGUGUCUGUCUCAGUGCUUGUACAGGAUCAGCUGGGAGCAACCGUCGUGGCCUUCAACAGUUCCAUGGCCAUCACGCUGCCAAGCCCUCCAGAUGGAUUCCGCAGCCUUCCACGAUGGCUUUACAACCAGACUGAGGUGGUACUGCAGGGCCUGGUCAAACAGAGCGACCCCCAACAGGUCAUUGAAUAUUCCUUGGCUCUCAUCACCAUCUUAAAUGAGUAUGAAUGCUCCAUGCGUUCGAAACCAGAAGCCAAGAGCGAAGACCACUAUCGGUCCUGGAUGCGGAGGAACAUUACGGAAACCCUGAUCUCUUUGAACGUCAACACAGUGGAUGACAUCCAGCAAAUUGCAGCAGCCCUGGCUCAGUGCACGGUGGCCAACAAAGAGUUUGUUUGUCGAGCUUGCUUGACAAAGACCUUGAACAAACUCAAAAGCAUGAUGUCCAUUCUGCAAGGAGAGACCAUGCAAGGGACCAAGACGCCAACAACCAUUGCAGACAACAUCCUCAACAUCAUGGGGGACUUGAUCCACCUCGUCAACACCGUUUCCCAGGAGUCUGGGCCACCAGAACUGGGCAGCGGCCAGAACCAUGUGCAGGUGGCUUCCGAUGCGUACGCCCUGUCCACUGACCUGAUGCGCAUCCUGAUGAAGUCUCGAGUCCUCAACGAGGAGCCCCUGGAGCUGGCUGGAAGCAAUAUCACCGCCAAGGGCAAACGGGCUGACCCUUUUGGGCUCCUCUGCUACGAGGACCACCCCGACUGCCAGUUCUCCAUCCCCCCAGCUUUCAAUGACACCUUCUCCGACCUGACAGACAUUGUCCAAGUCAUGAUCCGGGUGGACUACAACCCUUUUCCUUUUGGCUACAUCACCAACUACACCAUCUCCUCGGAGGUGGCUUCUAUGGAAUUCCAGAACAGCAAUGGGGCGGAGAUUCCGGUUGGGAGCCUGGAGCCCGAGAAGGCCAUCGCCGUGAUGGUCGUGGACCCCGGAGAGAAGAACAUCACAGUGGAGACCAUUGUGAUUGAGGGAAGGAGUUCAGGGACUGUAGUGGUCACAAUGGAGAACAGCAAUAUGGAAGCAGGGGUGUAUUUCCAGGUCACAUUCAGCGUCGUAAACGACCGUUACAUGUCCAGCGAACAAGAGCCAUUCAUUGCUGUCUGUCUCUUCCACUUGCCUGAGCACAACUGCACGGCCUCCAAGGAGAUUCGCCUGGAGGAUAUGACUCGGAUGCCUGGGGGGGACCACCGGCGCUACACUUUCUUCAUCUCCCCUGAUACCAACAACACUACAAGGGAGUAUUACUUGAACAUAACCAACCACUUUGCCUGGUCUCCCGUGGAAGUCACCCUGGGUCUGUACAGCUCCCUGUGCCAAUAUUUCAACAAACAAGAGGCUCGCUGGAAGACAGAAGGCAUGGCUCCCUUGGAGGGGGCCACCCCCGAUAAGGCGGUGUGCUUAACCCAGCAUCUGACGGCUUUUGGUGCAAGCCUCUUUGUCCCAUUGCACUCUGUGCAAUUCAUCCGGCCUCCUCCAGGCCCGGAUCUCAACUACAUUGUUCUGCUGACUUGUGCCAUCUGCUUGGUGACGUACGCGGUGGCUGCUGUGAUUGUGCACAAACUGGACCUGCUCGAUAUCAACCGAGUGGGGGUGAUCCCUUUCUGUGGGAAGAACGGGCUGUACAAGUACGAGGUGCUGGUGAAAACGGGCUGGGGCAAGGGGUCAGGGACGACGGCCCACGUGGGGAUCACUCUGUACGGAAUGGACAGCAAAUCUGGGCACAGGCACUUGGAUGGGGAAAACGCCUUUCACCGCAACAGCCUUGACAUCUUUCAGAUCGCCACAGAACGGAGCCUCGGAAGUGUGUGGAAAAUCCGUAUCUGGCACGACAAUAAAGGGCUAAAUCCAUCGUGGUACUUGCAACACGUCAUUGUCAGAGACUUGCAGACCUGUAAGAGCUACCACUUCCUGGUGAACGACUGGCUGUCCGUGGAAAGUGAGGAGAAUGACGGCCUAGUGGAGAAGGAAGUCUUUGCUGCCGGCGAGGCAGACCUGAGGAGCUUCUUCCGGAUCUUUGUUGGGGAAUUGCAGCGAGGUUUCUUUGAGAAGCACAUCUGGCUGUCCCUGUGGGACCGUCCCCCUCGCAGCCGCUUCACCCGUGUCCAGAGGGCCGCCUGCUGCUGCCUCCUCAUCUUCCUCUUCCUCUGCGCCAAUGCCGUGUGGUACGGCCUUGUGGGAGACAUCAGCUUCAGCACCGUGGCCAUUUCCACCUUGAUCCCCAUUAGUGGCGAGACGGCCGUCGUCGGAUUGGUGUCCAGUUUGGUUGUCUAUCCUGUGUAUCUGGCCCUCCUCUUCCUCUUCCGGAUGGCACGCAGCAAGGUGUCCAUCAGUCAGUCCCUGGUCCAUUCAGACCAGCAGUCCUUAGAGAUCGACAACUACCUGGACUCGUCACUUAUGGAGAGUGCCUUCCUCACAUUCCCUGGGCUUCAAGCGGAGGCUUUUUCUGAGCAAACCAAAACAGAUUUGUUCCUGGAUGAUUCAAAAAGCCUGAUCCGGUGGCAGUCCAGCGAGGCCCUCCUCAACUGGCCUGACCUGCUCAGUGAUCCCUCCAUCAUGGGCAACACGAUCCAGAAGCUGAAGAGGGGGAGGACCAGCCGCCAUCUUGGCCUCGAGGCUCCGUUGCCUGCCGAGGAGGACAACUUCUCGCUCGGCUUCCCACAGGCUCAAGCCAGACACUUCUCCGCUUCAGACGAAGACCUGAUCCGGCAAAUUCUCGCAGAUGGAGCCGGCGGCAUCCCUCACCCUCAGGAAAUGGGGCCCUACCCCAGGGUUGAAACUGACCUCCUCUCAGGGCUGUCCAGCAUGCUUGCGGACAAGACGGAGGCGAUCAUGUUGCAGAAGCUGAACGAGAAAGGGCAGAAUGCGGCCCCCCUCAGCAGGGAACUGAAUCGCUCGGCCAAAUCUACGCGGACAGUUGUGGACCAUGCUCUCCGGAAGCACCUGCUGCCCUUCUGGUGCUCCUACCUAGCUCACGCCAUCAGCUUCGCCUGCCUGGUCAUCUGCUUUGGUGUCUCCGUGUGGAUUGGAGUGGGCUUCUCCUCCAGCGUGGCCCUCAUGUGGCUCAUCUCAGGGAUUUUUAGCUUCCUCUCCUCUUUUUUGUUCUGGGAGCCCCUCAAGGUGCUGCUGGAGGCGCUCUAUUUCUCGCUAGUGGCCAAGCGCCUGCACCCUGAGGAGGAUGACACUCUGGUGGAGUACCCGUUCGUGGAGCACGUUUCGGAGAAGAUCGGCAGGGUCCGCCCCCCUCAGGGAUUUGCCCUUUUCCAAGCCAAGGAAGAAGCCAAAAAAGUGAAGCUUCUGCACAGCCUGCUCAAGAACUUCCUCGUCUACAUGCUGUUCCUCCUGGCCGCCCUCCUGACCAACUACGGGGACGCUUCCCACCACAGCCGGGCCUUCCUCUUGCAGAGCUCUGUCAAGCAGCAACUGGGCAGCGAGCAGUUCCUGCGCAUCAAGAGCUCUGAUGAUUUCUGGGUGUGGAUGUCACAGGGGCUGUUGCCGUAUCUCUACAAUAACCAGUCCGGCCGAGGAAACUAUAGCAUCACCUUGGGGUCCCCACGGCUGCGGCAAAUCCGCCUGCAGGAAGCGGAGUGCCCUGGUUCUGUUCGCCAUGUCCUUAGCAGAACCGAUCUAUCCUCAACCGGGGAGAAAUGCAUUGUUGGUUCCAACAGCUUCGACACCGCCAAUUACACAGUUGGCUGGGAGAGCGCCAACAGCAGCCUCAAGCAGUUAUGGGCUUACUCGCCGCCUGACCUGCCGGGAGCCUGGUACUGGGGCCAACUCUCCUUCUACGACAGCGGUGGUUACGUCCAGGAGCUGGGAACAACUCUGGAAGAAAGCGAGGCUUGCCUGGAGGUCCUGCAGCAGAACAACUGGAUCAGCAACAGGAGCCGAGCCGUCUUUGUUGAGCUAGCCCAGUACAACCCGGGCCUGGGCCUCUACGCCGUCAUCACGCUGAGGCUGGAGUUCCCCGUGGCGAAGCGUGCACUGCCAGCUGUUGCCGUGGCAACUCUCCCGCUCCUUCCGCUGAGCCAGGGAGUCACAGUGCAGCUCCUCAUGAUGGUCUUCCUGAUGAUUGUGGUUGUCUACUUUGUCAUCUCGGAGUCCCUCUCCAUCCAGAAGGUGGGCAGGGCCUAUUUUGCCCUUGUCGGCAACUAUGGGCAGUGGCUGCUCGUCCUCCUCACCGCCGGCACGGUGGUCAUCCACCUCAGCCAGGUCACCCUUGCCGACCGGCAGUGGGCCAGGUAUCUGAAGAACAAGCAAGGCUUCACCAGCUUCCACCAGGUGGCCGCUCUGCACGGGGCCUUCCGCUGCCUGGCCGCCGGCCUCCUCUUCUUGCUGACAGUCAAGGCUUCCCAACAGCUGCGCUUCAUCCGACAAUGGUCCACUUUCGGCAAAACUUUGCAGAGGUCCGCAAAGGAGCUCUUCGCUGCAGGGCUGGCCUUUACAAUCCUCACUUUGGCUUAUGCUCAGCUGGGCUUUCUGCUCUUCUCUUCCUGCUCCGAGUCCUUCCACAGCGUCCACAGCAUACUACAGCUCCUCUUCAGCACCUUCCGCAGCAGCAGCACAAGCCUGUCCCUCUGUCUCCCUGAAUCCGUGGGGCUUUCCCACCUCUUCUACGCCACCUAUGUCAUGCUGGAGCUGUGGGUGGUUCUGCGCCUCUUCGCCACGGUGCUCAUCCAUCACUACCGCGAGGUGCGCUUCGAGAUGUACCGCCCGGCCUUCGAGUCUCAGGACUAUGAAAUGGUUGAGCUCUUUGUCCGAAGGCUCAAGAUGUGGAUGGGAUUCAGCAAAGCCAAGGAGUUCCGCCACAAGGUGCGUUUCGAAGGGAUGGUGCCUCUCCCCUCCCGCUCCUCCAGCCAAGACUCCCAGUCGUUGCAAGGCCCCACCCCCAGCGCCACCUCGGACAGCUCCCGCGCCUCCACCUCCUCCAGCCAACUGGACGGGCUCAGCCUGGCGCCCAGCACCCGGGACAGCUCUGUGGUCGAUGCCGACAUCCAGCGCCUCCUCUCCCUCUUUGAGACGCUGCUCGCCCGGUUUGACCGGGUGAACAAGGCAACGGAGGAUGUGUACCACAUCGAGUGCUGGCUGGAGGGUGCACAGAGCCGGCAGGCCAGGAAGAGGGGUGGGCAGCAAGCAAGCCAGCACCACCCAAUCCAUGCAGAUGCUGGGAUGCUUUCCUCUAACGUAGCCCCUAACAGCAGCCAAUUUCUGUUCUCCCUGCCCCACAGCAGUUCCGUGUCGCCCGGUAAGGCAGUCGGAGCCUCCCACGGCACCAGCCAGGGUGUGCUGCUUUCCCCGCAUAAGACAAACUCCUUGCUCACACCAGGAACCAAAAAGAAGAGACCGUUGCGGGCCAACAACCGGGUGCAUCCCAGUGGCAAGUAACAGUUUCAAGGGGGUUGCAAGGAACAGGUGGGCCCAUCCCAUAUUAGCGGGGGAGACUAUUACAGUCUCAAAAGUCUGCCUCCCGUUUAUGGGGACAGUCAGCAGGAGGAGCAGCGUUUUCGUGCCGCAGGGCAGACAGACAGACAAGAGCAUGGCUGUUGCUUAGAGCCACAAGAGGGCUCAGCUACGGCUUCCCACAGUAGCAGCCUGUGGCUUGACAGCAGAUCAAACUUUUCACAGUAUUGUGGUUUCCUCAGAGAACAGACAAGGCGGUGCCAUCUGAAGGGCAUGGGGGAGACCACAAAAAGUGGGCUCAGCUGCACAGCUUUGCAUUAGCAUCUCUGGAGCAAGAGGAAAAGGAACCUUAACUGGGGCAAGAGAAGAAAGAGGGACCCUCAAAAAAGGAGUGCAUAGUCUCGAGAGAGACAGAGAGAGAGGGAAGGGAAACAAAGCCAGCUUUUAAAAAACCCAAAAUGCAACCUAUCCACGUUUGAUCCUUGAGAUCUGCUGAAGGCAAAAGUUGCACCAUCAGGGUGAAAAGACCCAGAGAUCUCCAGUGUUCAGCAGGCUGAGCCUAGAGAAGAGGAGAUAGUGUGUGUGUGUGUGUGUGUGUGCACGUGUGCGCGCCUGGAGGAGGGUCAGGUUUCCCUUCCACACAUUUGCAGACUUCACAAAGAAGGUGCACUUUGAAGAAAAGAGCUAUGUGGGCCGAGAGACAUCCGAUUCUCCCUCCGGAAGUUAUCCUGAGACAAGUCACAUCCUCCUCUAGAAUUUCAUCAUGGGUAUAUUUAAAAGAAAUCCAAACAAAGGAUCCUGUUCUUCAGCUAAAACCUUGUUGAAGAUAGCAACAACCAUUUGGAGGGGGCCAAAAUUUGUCAGUCAGUUUGUUUUGGAAAGGAGGGUGGGGUGGGGGGCAUUGGUGUUUGGAGAGAGACCCCCCCCGUGAGCUGGUUUCACUGGGUUCUCAUCCUAGCAGCUUCUGCCCCCUGCAUCCCCUGAACCAACUGAAUAGCUUGCCGCGUUGCCUCCGUCGUCAUAGUUUUAUAUUUGGAGGUGCAUGACUGAGUGUCCUUUUUUUUAUAUUUGGCCUGUGUGCCUGAGUGUCUCUCUGUGUGUAUUUUAUUAUUAUUAUUAUUAUUAUAUAUGGUUUACUCUUUCUACUCACUGGCCAGCACUUUAAUCAAUGCUUUCCUUAGCUAACGGUGACACAUGCAACUUUUAAAACAAGAGCAGGAUAAUAUAUCAUGGAAGCAGUAUUUUGUUUGUUUUGUAAAUCAUAAUUUGAAACGGGCCACUGGAAUAUGAUGAGCACAGAUGUACCCCUUUUUGCUACCAUGUUUGUGGGUGGCUCCCCCAAGGACCACCCAACAGCCCAUGCUUUCGGAAAGCUCUGAAGCAGUGCCAUAAAUUGCAAGAGUGAAAGAGGGAGUUGGAAGGAGCAAAAACACAGGUCUGACCCUCUGACUUAGGCAAGUGAUGCUCACAAAUGCUAAAUGGCUCAGAAGCAGAACGCCACCAAAAUUCAUUUGUGUUUUUCCAAGUUUGAUUUAAGGCCGAGCCAGUUUUAGCAUUCUGUACACAGUGCCAAAAUCAUAGGCCCAGACUAUGCUUGUAGGCAGAGUUCCUUUAGAAUCCCAGGGCACCUCCAGACUGGCUGUUUUUCCACACAAAAUUUGGUUGUUUUCCUGGACUUUCUAGUGCAGUUAGCCUAUCACUUUUCUAACCCAAGAAAUAAAAGUCUGGUAAGAAAAGGGAUGCGGAAGUUGCAGUGGAAAGUGUGGAGAAACAAGCCCUAGCUGACAGCACUCAGUCACCUCUGUGCUAAUCCAUCAGCCUGCCUGCGCCAUAAACAGGCAAUGUUGUACAACCUCCGUGCAAAUUAUGUGUGAACAUAUAUCAGCCUGACAGCUCAAGAAAGCUGAUCUGGAAAUUCCCCUGGCCUCUUUCCAUCUAGAUGUGCAAACCUCAGCAGUCCAUAUCACGGUGCGAGCCAACAGAAAGUGAGCUCCUCCAUGCUUUGGCUAUCGGCUCAUCCCACAUUUUAAGCAAUGUGCCAUUAACCCAUGGAACUGACUGCUGCAGUAGGUGUGCUGGUAGUGUCCUAGUCUCAAUCAAAUUCCUUGCUUUUAGACAAGGAAAAGGGUUAUUCCGAGUGGCCUUCAGAGCAUCCCAGAAAACAAAACAAAACAAAACAAAUCCAACUCCACUCCCAACCAUUUAUUUGAAUCCAUUGCAAGCUGCAGCUGGUCUGUACUUCCUCUGGAACAUUUGGUGUCCUUUCUUUGAGACUUUUCUCCCCCACCCUGGUCACGGCCUUGCUUCUGUCUUCAUAUUCUACAGGCCAGUUUUAACAUUAUGUAUAUUGCAAGUAAUUUAUACGGGAUUUUUACAAGGAGAAAAAUAAUGUAUAUUUUUGUAUGUUUGCUAUAUUUUUAUAGCAUUUGGUACUGUGCUCAACAUGUGUAGAUAGGAGUUAUUUAAAAAAAAAGUGUGUUAAAAAGCCUUGCUAAAACAUUUGUGGUGUGUGGCGAAAGUGCCCUACGAAUGGGAUUUGUGCCAAAGGAAGUUUGAGAUUUUUUUCCCGUUCCCCACAUCCGGGGCAGGAACUCUCUGCAGUGCACUAGCCAUAAUGUCUCCAAGACACUGCUAAGUUUGAAAGGAAGCCCAACAUCAAGGCCACAGCUCCAAGUGGGUUUCCACAAGUGCCAUUUCAGAAUUCUGACUGCUUAUUCCAUCUCCAAUAUCACUGGUAGGAGUUGUAAAUAUGGACUUUUUUGUUUCCUGGAAGGAUUUUUUUAUUGCUUUUUUUUUUUUUUUUUUUGCUCUAACCAUCAUUGUAAAAUUAGGAAAGGAUGGUUAUAUGCAUCUUUUUUUAAUAAGAUUUCAUUAUUUAUAAAAGGUGCUAUUUUUGAACAGACUCUUUUCUAAAAAUAUAUAUAUAUAUACCAAGCUGCUUUAACCAUCAGGUACAGAACGGAAAAUGCACUUGCUUCAUUCUAGCAAAGGAAACAGAAGAGAUUGCGAAGCAGGGAGAUGGUAAACGGGUUGAAAAGGGGGUGUUGGAUUACAUUUGCCAGGAGAUUAAUUGUAGCAGGGCUAAAGAUGUUCUGAAAUGGUUCAUUAGUAAGGUUAAACGUUUUCCUGUCAUCCACUAUACUAAGGCCAGGUUAGAAGCUUUUGUCAUCGGUGAGCAAUUAGGCUGUCCUCAUUCCCUGAGAAUGCAGCACACAAAAGGCCAAGUGGUGCAGAUUUUGGCUAGAGAAGGCCUCCAUCGCCACAGCUGAAGAAACAGAAUUAAUCUGUUGGCUUAUUUAACGAAUACGGCCUGUGCAUGCAUGGAACAUAAUUGGGGAGAAGCAAGAGAUGGGUAAGCUUGAACCAAGUGAAGGAUUUUUGCACUUGUUUCUCUGCUAAAUUAAAAGUUCUCAUCGUCGUCGUUUUUAAUGUAGGUACAUACAAGGGAAAAGUGUCAAGUCAGGGAAGCAAGCGCCUUAGCAAAUGAGCUGUGCUUUUAUGCUGGGGGGGGACAUUCUGGAGCAUGGAUGAUGUGAAGGUGGCAAAGAAGGAGCGGGACUGGGAGGAAGUAGGCACACUCCCUGGCGUAGAAUGUCCCGGGUGCUUUGCUGUAUACAGAUCUACUUAAGUGCAGAGCAUAGAUGGUGGCCCAUCCGCCGUGAAACCAACUCAUGCCCUUACCUGCCAGAUAAACUCUUGAAUGUAUAUUUUGGUAUUUACCCACAGGGAGAUGGUUUCUUAUUUAUUAUUGCCCAAAACCCCACACUGAUGCCGACAGUAAGUUGCUGCUUAGCACAGAACUCUUGUCAGCUCAACAAAAACACACCCCAGCCUCUCCUUCAGGCGUGGCUGGCUUUAUCAAGGCUUCUGGUAGCAAUGGCAGAAGAAGAAACAAUUGUGAUUGAUGUUCAUGUUUGCAAACAUAGCAUAUUUCUUUUUGUAAUGGUGAAAAAAACCAUGACAAAGUCAAAUAUAGAAAAAGAUAACGGACGGCUAAAUAAAGAUUUC